GAAGCUUGUGCAUGCUUGACUGCUUUUGGUGGAAGUGGUUGGUAAUGAAGGGUCACGGUUAAAAUGGAGGGAUGUUCCACUUGCUGGAAUGCAGGUGCUUGGAUCUCUACGCUUCAAUUGUCCUUUCUCUCGUUGACUUGGACGGAUCGCGACUUGAUCCAAAUUCGUCUGUAGCAGCCAUGGCGCACAUCCAGGAGCAGUCCCCGGCGCUUAAAUUGCAGCAUCAGCAAGAGGAGGCAGACCACAAGCCCCAUCUCUUUGGCGCUUCGCUAAACAACGACAAUGUUGGCGCCAACGUCGUGACCCAUGAAGAUGGCCACGACAUCCCCACUCACUACGACGAGAAGACCGUGGUUACCCCACACAACCUGGAAGAGGAUGACGGCAUGGGAGGUGUCAGACCGACUCCAGAGGAACUCAAAACCUUGAGAAAGGUGGGAGAACCACUGCCCAAGUCUGCUUUCUUGGUCGCCAUUGUCGAGCUAUGCGAGCGUUUCACCUACUACGGCGCCUCCGGAAUCUUCCAGAACUACAUUCAGCGUCCGCUUGAUGGUAGCGAGGGUCGUGGUGCUCUCGGUAUGGGUCACAAGGGAGCUACUGGUCUCUCUACCUUCUUCCAGUUCUGGUGCUAUGUUACGCCAAUUCUCGGUGCUAUCAUUGCUGAUCAGUACCUGGGCAAAUACAACACCAUCGUCAUUUUCUGCGGUGUCUACAUCCUCGGUUUACUCAUCUUGACCUGCACUUCAAUUCCCGGCGCUCUUGAGCAUGGUGCUGGUCUUGGAGGCUUCGUCGCCGCUCUCAUCGUUAUCGGUCUCGGAACGGGAGGCAUCAAAUCGAACGUUGCUCCGCUCAUCGCGGAUCAGUACAAGAGGCGGCAAAUGGUUAUUGGCACGGAUAAGAAGACUGGCGAGCGCGUCAUCAUCGAUCCUGCCAUCACCAUCCAGCGGAUUUACAUGAUCUUCUACUGGUGCAUCAACAUUGGUUCCCUGUCUCUGAUUGCAACUCCGUACAUGGAGCGCGACGUUGGUUUCUGGUCCGCGUACCUCAUGUGUCUCUGCGUCUUCCUGGUCGGUACUCUUGUCCUCGUUCUCGGCAAGAAAGUCUACGUCGUUCGACCUCCUCAGGGUUCCGUCAUCACAAACGCUUUCCGUGUCAUCUUCAUGAUGAUCAAGAACCGCAACAUGGACGGCCCCAAGCCCUCGUUCCAGGCAGGUCUUGGAAGACCCUCCAACCUCCGCUGGGACGACCACUUUGUCGACGAGGUCAAGCGCGCUUUGAUCGCCUGCCAGGUCUUCUGCUUCUACCCCGUCUACUGGGUCGUGUACGGAAAUUUCUCCAACAACUUCGUCACCCAGGCCGGCCAGAUGGCAGGUCACGGUAUCCCCAACGAUCUGAUGCAGAACUUCGACGCCAUCUCCAUUAUCGUCUUCCUGCCCAUUAUGGACCAACUCGUUUUCCCCAUGCUCCGCAAGGCGAGGAUCCCCUUCCCGCCCAUCAACCGCAUCAUGCUUGGGUUCUGGAUCGGUUCCCUCGCCAUGGUCUACGCCGCCGUGAUCCAGAACAACAUCUACAAAGCCGGCCCCUGCUUCGGACAGCCCUUGUGCGAUGCCAGCAAAGACGCCGACGGUGUUGCCCAGGGCAACAACAUUCACAUUGCCACGCAAACCGGUGCCUACAUGCUCAUUGGUAUUUCUGAGAUCUUCGCCUCGGUCACGGGUCUCGAAUACGCCUACACCAAGGCCCCGCCCACGAUGAAGUCCUUCGUGCAGGCCAUGUAUCUGCUCACCAACGCUUUCGGAUCUGCCAUUUCUGAGGCAUUGAACCCGCUUCUGUACGACCCGGCGAUCGAGUGGAUGUUUGUCGGUCUGGCUGUUGCCAGUUUCAUCGCUGGAUGCCUUAUCUGGGUUCUGUUCCACCACUUGAACGCCGAGGAGGAUGCGCUGAACUCGCUGGAUCAGGAUGUCGACCAGGAGGCUAUGAUGAGGCGGAGCAGUGUGGAGAAGGCUUGAGUGUUCUGGAGAG